AUGAACGAAACUCCUGGAACAAAUGCUUCUAUUCCAUACCGGAUCCAAACCACGGCUCCAUGGAGCAACGGUCAGCCGCAUAACAGCAGUACAGAGAACCAGCCUGCAGAUGGGAUAUCCAACGCAGAAGACAUAGCCACCAGGGAGGCUGAAUAUGAUACUGAUACCGUGGUGGUCAAACCAUACGCCGUCGAGGAGCCAGACGAUGACGACUUGACGGCGGAGGACAAUUCCGGAAAGUGGCAGGCUGAUCUAGUGAGUUCAAUGGAGGACCUUCAUUGCGAUUCAGAAGGGGCCACUCUACCGAUUGUCCACCGACAGAGACGAGGCAGGAAAAGGAAGCCCCAUACCACCAUCACAGAGACCUUACCCCCAUUUAUUCCAAAUCAGGGGGGUAAAUCCGAUGCUCAGUAUGCGCAAGGGUCAAAUCUGAGUCCGAAACGACAACGUAGGAGAAACAGUUUGACCCCGCUCGAGCUCAGUGAGAAUACAUCAACCGAAAGCUUCAGUUCGAGAUCGCCAUCCACUGAUACAGGUGAUGGACUUAUUGCUCUAGACCCCAUGGACUUGGAUUAA